CGAGGGUAUAUUAAAAUUAGAAUUCAUUUCUUCCCCAAUUUUCUCCAUCCUCUCAAGUCUCAAUCUCACUUCACUCUUAAGAGGAUAGAAUAAUCAACAACUCUGAAAACCCCAAAAAAAAUGAAGAUAUUGUUUUCUACUUCAAAAUCCAUAUCAAGUCCUUGUAGGACAGAAAAAUUCCCACCGCCAUUGAUGAGGUUUCUGAGAACAAAUACAGGAAGCAGAAGUAGAAGAAAGAAAACAAGAAAAACUUCAUUAUUUUUAAAAAGGAAAAAACCUAAUAAUUCUUCUUCACCCGCCAUUGAAGCUACUCAAGAACCUUCUUCCCCUAAAGUUACAUGCAUUGGUCAAGUUCGUGUCAGACGUUUUGAAUCCAAAUCUUCAACAAAACUCCCGAAUACUAAGAAUUGUUGUACAAAUUACUUUUGUUAUUGUUGUGAAAAACCCUCUUUCUGCAAUUUUAGUUUCUGUAAACCUAAUUUCAAAAAAUGGGGUUUGUUCUUCAAUUGCCGAACUGUAAAAGUUCGUACUGAUUCGUUUAAGUUUAGCUCAAAACGUUCCGAACAACAACCAUCACAAAUAACAGAUGAUAGAGCAUUAACAAUGGCGACACCGCCGAAAAAUGCGUUAUUAUUGACACGGUGUAGAUCUGCGCCGUAUCGUUCGUCGUCAUUAGCAUGUCAAUUUUGGGGUUCACCAUUAAAAACAGAGUACGAAGAAAACAGAGAUUUGACAUCAAAAUCGAGGGAAGAUCAAGACAUUGAAGAAAUUAGUGAUAAUCGUGACGAUGAUCUUGAAAGUUGUGCAGAAAUUCACGAUAUUUAUUAUUCAAAGAAUGAUGAUAGAAAAAGAGAGGAUGCUGGUUAUGGUUAUGGUAAUGGUGAUAAAAAAAAUGGUGAUUUCCCCAAGCCAUUGAUGCUUGUGAGAAGUAAGUCAGAAUCAACAAAAAGAAAUUUAGAUAGGAUUGAUCUAGAGCUAACAAGGUUUGGUAACACUAAAUUUAGUACACCACAUUCAAAUGGAGGGAAUAUUGGCCAGAGACUACCUAAGUCAUGACCCGACUUUUGAGUAAAAUAACAAUUAACUUGUUUUUAUAUAAUAUAUAUUUAAAUGUUCGACUUACUCUGUAUUAGUAUAUUGAAUUCGUUACUAAUUGUGUACAUUGAUAUGCACUUCCUCUCAUUCAUGAAACUUAAUCAUUCCAUUUAAUACUUUACUCAAAUAUAUGAUUACUGAGGCCGAUUUUUAGCAUAUUUCGGGUAGAUGACCUUUUAGGGCCCUAAAAAUAAGGUUUUAAAUAUUAAAUGGUGUUAUUCAGUCCUGAUUUUGAGUAACAUGUUACGUGUGAUUUGUUUGUAAUUUUUUUAUAUUUAAAGUAGUAUUAGAAUAUAAUAUUAUAAUAUAUUUUAUUUUAAAUUAAUUUUCUUAAAGUAAAAAAUUUUAUCUUUUUGAUAUGAUGAAGGGUUUCAAUUUGAAAUAAAUAGUGAAAUAGAUAGGACCUUUAAAAUCUUAAUAUAAAAUUUAAUAUGAAUAUAGUUUUUAAUCAAAUAAGCUUGUAUAUCAAAACUCAAAUUCGCUUGUUACAAGGGGCAUGUUGCAAAUUUAUGUAAAAUAAAAUAAAAAGUCUUUGAAUUAAAUGUUUUUCUUUUGAUAAAUAAGCGUUGUAGAAACAAGAUAGAAAAUGUUUGAUCCUCUUGUAACGUUUUGUAAAAAAAAAAGUAAAUUAUAUUCCACAUAAAAGUAUACAAGGAGUAUUAAACUUUGGAUACCUAUUAAAUAAUGUAAAAACAAAUUUAUGCAUUUAUUGGUCAU